AUGUUCAACAAGGAGACAUAUGUGCCAGAGCGUUGGCACACCAGUGACGAGGUCAAAAAUGUUCGCAUCAAUGUACCCCGAAGCAUUAUUGUCGCCAGCACCACCAACUCUAUCAUGGUUGCCACCUUUGUGCUCGUCCUGCUCUUCUUCAUUGGGCCCGUCGACGACUUGGCUAGCGCACCGCUGCCGCUGGUCUAUGUGGUGUACAAUGCCACGGGCUCCAAGCCGGCCACCAAUAUCCUGGUCACCCUCGUGGCCCUGAUUUGCUACUGCGCCACCUUCAACUGCUUCGCCUCCGUGUCGCGGCUGGUAUGGGCCUUUGCCCGCGACAAUGGGCUGCCGUUCUCGGGCUUCUUUGGCUACGUGCACCCGGGACUGCGGGUGCCGACCAAUGCGCUUCUGCUCGUGGGCAUCAUGGUCGUGUUGCUAUCGCUCAUCUACAUUGGCAGUGUCACGGCCUUUAACGCCAUCAUCUCCCUCCAGACUUUGGGCAUAUACGCUUCCUACAUUCUUCCCAUCUCCUUUCUCCUCUGGCGCAAACUUCGAGGUCCCGAGCCGCCAUACGGUCCGUUCAAGAUGGGCACUUUUGGUAUUCCUGUCAAUAUUUUUGCCUUGUGCUACUUGUUGUUCAUGGUAACAUGGAUGCCGUUCCCUUCCGUUCUGCCUGUCAGCUCGGACAAUAUGAACUACGCCGGUCCGAUAUUUGGCGGUAUCAUAGUGCUGGCUCUUGGUGACUGGUUCCUGAGUGGGCGAAAAAGGUUCCAGAUGCCGGUCAAAGUUUAUUAG